CUCCCCUUCAUUGAGCCGGAGCACACUCUCCUGUAUACCGCCCAACGGCUUUUUCCUAUGUGGUGUGCGCAUCGUGCGCCGGUCGCCGUGGGUGCGCGCAGCCCCCAAUGAAGCAGCAGAAAAUUUGAAAUCCCUCUCGCGUCCUCGCCGCCGCAGGGCCGCACCUCACUUCGCCUGCUUCUGUUGGAUCUGUUCUCUCUCGGUCUCUCGCGCACACGCAGCAGCAGUACAAAACGCAAAACUCCAAUCCACGCCUCCCAAUUCAAGCCCUGCUCCGCAAACAGAAGCAGCAAGCCUUCAAGGCUUCAACCGGCUCACCUCACACUCGCAUUCCCAGAUUCCCACCACAAUCCGAGCUUCCAAAUCCAUCCGUCUGAACCCAUGGGUCUCUGUUUCAGCAAGAAGCAGCAAGCGAAGCGGCGAGAGGGGCAGCCGUCCGAUGACACCAAGAAGAGCGGCGGCAAGAAGGCCGGCAGGGACUCCGCGCUGGCCGCCGAGGCCAAGAAGACGGGUCAGGCAAAAGCGUCGGCGCCGGCGCCUCCUAAGAAGGCUCUAGCCAAGCCGGAGGAGCCGGCGGCCGACAAGAGGAAGGUGUUCGUCGUCAAGGCUGCCGCGGCGGCGGCGGGAAAAGGCGAGCAGGAGGAGGAGGUGAAGAGGGCGACGCCGGACGACGAGGCUAAGCCCGUCCAGGUGGGCAGGGUGCCGGUGCGGACGUCGAGCUGCACCAAGGAGGAGGUCGACGCGAUACUGAUUCAGUGCGGCCGCCUCAGCCGGAGCUCGUCGGCCUCCGGGAAGGCGCCGUCGGGGGAGCAUGGCGGCGGGCACCGGAGGUACGCCGGAUCCAAGCGGAGCUACGACUUCGACCACGAGAGGAGGGGCGGGGGCGCGGACGACGAGUGCGAUUGGGGCAGGGAGGGGGCCGCGGUGUCGAGGCCCUCCCCGCGCCGGAGGACGCCGGAGCGGAAGCGGUCGGCGAGCCACGAGGGCCGCAGUGGCAGCGGGAGCGGGAGCCGGAGCAGGAGGGUGAGUCGGUCGCCGGGGCGGCGAGCGGACGUUGCACCCGCUGCGGGCACGGGGACCGGCGAGCGGGCCGCGCGGCAGCAUCCAGGGAAGAUGGUGUCGGUCCCGGCCAGGGAGAAGGGGCGCGCGCCAUCGCCAGUGAAGGCUGCGCCUGGGAAGAGGUAUCCAUCGCCACGGUCGAACUCGCCUGCGAGGGCCGCGGCCGCUGCGAAUGAGAAUGCUGGGGCGCAGCCAACGCACGGGCCGUCGCUGAGCCGGAGCUCGUCGAGGAAGGCCGAGCAGCCGCCCUACCGGCGCAACCCCAUGGCGGAGCUCGACGAAAACACUCUCGGCAACAACGGCAAGCCCCAAAAGAAAUCCACCGAGAGUUCCGUCGCGGUGCCGCAGAAGGCGGCGGAGCAGGCAAAAGAUCAGAUCCCCAGCAGCCGGACUGCGAAGGAGAAGACGGAGAUUGUGGACGAGGCCGUGGCGUCGGACACCAAAGCAUCGUCUACAAGGAUGAACGCAGCCCAUUCGGUGAGCAUUGUGGCCGAGAGCGCCACCAACCCGAGGGCCGGGCCGGGAAGCAGGUCGUCGAGGCGGUCCUCGCGUGACUUCGACCACAAUGGCAACUCGUACGCAUCCCUGCUCCUCGAGGACAUCCAGAACUAUCACCAGCAGAACACCAGUGCCGGUGCCGCGCCGGCCUUCUCGCUGCCAGCGUGCGUGUCGAAGGCCUGCUCGAUUCUUGAAGCAGUCGCGGACCUCAACUCCUCGUCGUCAGAGAAAAAGAGCUUCGAAAUAGACAGGUCGAUCAACGACAAGGAGUCCGUCAACGGGAGGUACGGCGGGAAGGCGGCGAGCGCCUUUGUCGUCGAGUCGGAGGUCGUUGUGAAGGACGACCUCAUGGAGCCGAGCCUGCACAAGUACGUCUCCGUCCGUGACAUCAGCGGGGAGACCGAGCUGCAGGAGUCCGCGGGGAGCAACAGCUUCGCCGGCAACGCGUGGACGUGCUCGUGGGAGCCCCAUUCCGUCGAGUCCACCGACCGGACGAGAACGGCCUCGCAGUCGAAUAACGGCGACGAGGUCGAGCAGCUCACUGACGGCAUGGUCACGGAGCAAUCUUGGCAGAGCAAUCAGAGGCCGUCGUCGCAGGAGCCCAGUGGCCGUUCGCGGGUGGGUUCUACUAGCAAUGUUCAGGUUCAGAGUGGACGCGGUGCUCACCGUGGCAGUGUCAGCGCCGUCAGUGGCCGGUAGGAUGUUCGCGGCGUCUCGGCGAGCUCUUAGGGGCUAGGUUGUUCGACGAUGCUACUGGCAGUUUAGGCAUUGCGGAUUCUAGGUGGUAAUGAUGUAGUGUCUGGUUCUGAAGUUCUAAUGGCAAGAUAGGUUGCUGUUUCAGAUAAGUGUUUCAGCGUUUGUAUUCUUUGCUUAGUUUGAUGAGACAUUGUUCAGAUGUAAUCAUGCUGUGAAAUUGGCAAUGUAUACUCUUUCAUUUCACUUGUCUGUGCUUAGUGUUGGACAAUUGAUUGGAAACAAGAUUCAAUCUUCAGUGGCAUUAGGAACUGAGUUUA